UUAAAAUCCGACGCGUGCCUCUGCUGUCGUGUCUUUGCUCUUUCAAGGAGAGUUUGGAAAUGAGAAUCCCCAAAUCUCGAAGUCACGGAUCUUUUGGAGUUCACGCGCUGUACAACCGCCACAGCUACACUCCGACUCUGUCCAGGUCGCCUCAACACUUCCACCGACCAGGGCUGAUGCUUUCUCCCUCUUUACUCUCUGGCAACAAUGACACCUGCCCCACUUCUCCUUUAUGUCACCACUUUCUCUCUCAAACCAAAGCAGACGAAGGCUUCAACAUGUACAGGAGGCCUCCCAUUUAUAAACAGCAAGAUUCCAAUUCCUCCACGUCCCAGACGUCCUCUUUCCUUGGUUAUGGUCACAAUGAGCUUAAUCUGCCACAGUCAGAGUUUUCCCACUACAGCGAUGACAGAGUCAGAGAUUUCAAGCUCAUCCUCGACUGCCAACAUCUAUUAACACGACUGGACAGAGGAGUGUCAAUGCCUAAUUUGCUGGAACCAAAAGUCUACCCAUAUGAAGUUCUUGCAGUUACCAACCGAGGACGAGUGAAGCUUCCCAAGGAUGUCGACAGAACAAGACUUGAGCGUCACCUAUCCCCCGAUUCAUUCUUCGAGAUCUUUGGCAUGGAGAUUAAAGAAUUUGACAGACUUCCCCUUUGGAAACGUAAUGACAUGAAGAAGAGGGCAAACCUCUUCUGAAAGAUGCCAUAACGCAGACUUUAACUCUUCUCUUGAUAUGCAGUAUACAAGUUCUGAUUAACCUUUUUGUUUAUUUCAUUGCAUUUAGCACAACAAAUAGCACUAUUUUACCUGAGAACGAGACAGAUCACAACUUUCCAGGGACACAACACUGUGUUUCCUGUGAGUCUCUGUAGACUGGAACACCUCAGAACACAAGAACUCAUCUAAGCUCGGGUGAUAGAGACACAUUAUUCGUGUAAGUCAGCUCUGUGUCCCCAUUAAUUAUGUUCAUAUUGGACAAGUCAUCUGUAUACAGUUUAUGUGCUUUGAUCGUAAAUGCAACAGGUAGUUGAACAUUUAUGUAGCUUAGUGAAAAGUAUGAAGAAACAGCAAACGGUAAUGUGUUCUUUGAGGCUUUGCAUCUUGUUUCAAGCCAACAGCUAAUGUUGACUUUUACAGUGAAGACAGUGUUUCCCUCAUCGAACAUUAAAGAACCCCCUCUGGUGAAAAUCAAGUUUGUUCUUUUACCCUGUGACCAUGUCCAUAUGAGGAUUUUGAUACGCUGGGAGACAUAUCAUGAGUGAAAUGAGAAGUCAACAUCAUGACUGAGAGUUUCCAUCCUAAAGCUGAAGUGUUUCAAUGACAAUCUCAAAAACACAGAUUCAGACUUCUGGGGGUUUUUUUUUAUAUGAAACAAACCUACGGAACCAAUCCUGUCAAGUUUCUGUAUCAUUUCAGUUCAGUUGUAUUUUAUUUUACUUACAUAGCGUUAAUUACAGCAAAUGUCAUCUUGAGGUACUUAAGGUAAAAAGCUUACAAAAUAAUAGAGAGAAACCAAACAAAUCCAAAGUUUCCUUUGGAUUCCCUGAGUGGGGAGAAAAAACUCUCCUGUACCAGCACUGAAAACCCUCCAGCAGAACCAGGCUGAGGGGGGCAGCCAUCUGCUUUGACCUUUCAGGGUUGAUGGUAAGAGAGCAGGAUAGCAAAUGGAGACGAGACAAACAACGUAUAAGAAAACAAUAAACUCUUUGGAGGUCGGUGAGGCCAGUAAGUGUGCAUCAGAGAUGUGUAGUUCCAGAUUCAAAGAUACCUGCAGAAAAGGCAAAUCACAAACUACGGGAGAGUGAAGGCACCAAGUUAGUGACAUGUGCAGAGAGUCAGACAGGAGAGUAGAGCAGAGGUGCAUCAUGGGAAUCCAGGCCUGUAGUCUAGGCCUCAAGAAGCAUUACAAACUUCUUCAGAACUAGCUUCCAAGUCGAACAUGUAUGGCUUAAUUAAUCCAACAUUACAACUUGCCAUUUUUUAGCCAAGACAAAUGAGCUAGUGUGCUCUAGCUGCAGCGAGCAGAGGAAGAGAAUUACAUCUGAGGCAUUUUAAUGUACACAGGCUUAAGUUCAUGGAAAAACUUCUAAAUUUGCAACUUUGACACACAGAGUUGAAUUUUAAAGCGUUAAAUCACCACCAGAGUGGAACGCUAAUCUUCAUUUAACUAAAAAAAAUGUAUUUGUUAUGUUUGGACUCCACUGAUGACGUGAUCAUCCAUCAUUGUUUAGAAAUGCUUGUGCAAAACGUUGGUUUAUAUCACUGCAUCACCACUCAAACGGACCUAAAACAACAAUUUCAUCAGUGUAUUUAUGUGUUUACUUUCUAAAAAAAUAGAGAAUCACUGAUGAAGUUUGAGAUUUGAUCACUGAUGGUGAAGUCAAAGAUGUUUGUGUCAGCCUUUGAUCACUAAUACUUCCCCCUCUCGAGUAAUGCUUUGAUCGUGCUGUCGUGAUUGUGUAGAUGAACUCCACAUAAACCUUCAUCAACAUGUUUCUGAGACAAGAUUUUAAAUGAUUCACUGAAGGACUGGAUGCUUUUCAAUGUGAUGCUAUAUUUUAUUGUUUGUUACUUAUUGUACUGUCUCCUGGGUACACAAAUUACAUCUCUGAGCAUAUAAAGAAAAGAAAAAAGUUCAAGAAUUGUAUUUUGUGUUCGUGGAUUAUCACUAAAAUGUGCUUAAUUGUGUAGUCAAAGAAGCUUAUUUUUGCUAUAUUUCCCCCCGUGGUAAACGUCACAUCGCUGUUACUCUCCCAGCAUUCUAAAUAAAACCUUUCACCUCUCACAAGUUGAA